CAAUUUCGUUUCCAAGAUGGCGCCCGCUGAAAAUGCGAUACCGCAGGGUCAACCUCAAUUAAAGAAACAAGACCUCAAUAAAUUGGACGUGAGUCGUCUGUCUCCAUUAUCGGAAGAGGUCAUCAGUAGACAGGCCACCAUCAACAUAGGAACCAUCGGACAUGUGGCCCAUGGCAAAUCUACAGUUGUGAAAGCCAUCUCUGGAGUUCAGACUGUCCGAUUCAAGAAUGAACUGGAGCGAAACAUCACCAUCAAGCUGGGCUAUGCUAAUGCCAAGAUCUACAAGUGUGACUGUGAGGGUUGCCCCAGGCCAGCCUGCUACAAGUCUGCGCGCAGCAGCAAGGAGGACGACUUCCCCUGCGACAGACUCUCCUGCCCAGGAAGAUUCAGGCUGCUCAGGCACGUGUCUUUCGUGGAUUGCCCUGGUCACGACAUCUUGAUGGCCACCAUGUUGAAUGGAGCCGCAGUCAUGGAUGCAGCCCUGCUGCUCAUCGCUGGCAACGAGUCCUGUCCCCAGCCCCAGACCAGCGAGCAUCUGGCAGCCAUCGAGAUCAUGAAGCUGAAGCACAUCCUGAUCCUGCAGAACAAGAUUGACCUGGUCAAGGAGUCGCAGGCCAAGGAACAGUACCAGCAGAUACUCAAGUUCGUUCAGGGCACUGUGGCGGAGGGUGCCCCCGUGAUCCCCAUCUCUGCGCAGCUCAAGUACAACAUCGAGGUGAUCUGCGAGUACAUCGUCAAGAAGAUACCGGUACCCCUCAGGGACUUUGCAUCCCUGCCCAGGCUCAUAGUGAUCCGGUCCUUCGACGUCAACAAGCCCGGCUGCGAGGUGGACGACCUGAAGGGUGGCGUGGCGGGCGGCAGCAUCCUCCGCGGCGUGCUCAAGGUGGGCCAGGAGAUCGAGGUGCGCCCCGGCAUCGUGACCAAGGACGACGAGGGCAAGCUGAUGUGCAAGCCCAUCCACUCCCGGAUCGUGUCCCUCUUCGCCGAGCAGAACGACCUCAUGUACGCCGUGCCGGGAGGACUCAUCGGCGUGGGCACCAAGAGACCGACCCUGUCCCGGGCGGACCGCAUGGUGGGCCAGGUCCUGGGGGCCGUGGGGGCCCUGCCCGAGAUCUUCACCGAGCUCGAGAUCUCCUACUUCCUGCUCCGGAGGCUGCUGGGGGUGCGCACCGAGGGGGACAAGAAGGGCGCCAAGGUCCAGAAGCUGGCCAAGGCGGAGGUGCUGAUGGUGAACAUCGGGUCCCUGUCCACGGGGGGCCGGGUGCUGGCGGUGAAGGCCGAUCUGGCCAAGAUCUCCCUCACCAACCCCGUGUGCACCGAGGUGGGGGAGAAGAUCGCCCUCAGCCGGAGGAUAGAGAAGCACUGGAGGUUGAUCGGGUGGGGCAUGAUCCGGAGGGGUGUCACGAUAAAGCCAGUCACGUAGUCCCGUGUUUUUUACGUCCGUUAUGUUUGUGAAUAAUAAAAUAAUAAAGAGACUUUGGAAGAAGAAGGACUCCACGUUUAUUGUCGAACAAAGUAACAAUACAUUAUGUACAAACCAACAGAGAGUAU